CCGUAUGGAGCUUUUCCUGAUCUAACCUCCUUUGGCUCCUUUUUGCCUGAGGCUAAUUUAUUCUUUCUCCCCGCUCUAUCUUACGCCGUGACGUGGACCGCUGCCUAGACCGUCAAGAUGUCUCUUACAUUGAAGCUCAGUUCUCUCUUUAUUCGCACGCUUUCGAAACCCAUUGCCAACCGCCUCAAAGCACAGGCCCGUGAACAUGAACGCUUCCGACGAAUGUGCGUCUCCUUGGCGCAAGCUCUCCAUCGGUUUGAUAUGCGUCUACGCUUAGGCGCUAUUCGGGACACUACGGCAGCGGAGAGGAAAGCCGCGAAAGACGCAGCAGACGCUGCGGUAAAGAAACUCCAGCCCACAGCUCCUACGGUGAAGACGGAAGCAGAGGCUAAAGCGGAAGAAGCGGCCGCGGCGAAAGCAAAAGAGGCAGCGUUAGAAGCAGAAAAACAACCGCCAAAACCUCGAAUUCGGCCAUUGUCGGAAUCUAAAGCUAUCGACUCGGGUGCGAAUUUCAUCAGUGAAACUUUCCUUUUCCUUGUGGCGGGUGGCACAAUCGUGUUCGAGACAUGGAGAUCCAGACGGAAGGAAAGUACCCGGAGAGAGGACGUGGAGAGUCGUCUCAGCGACCUUGAGGAGUCCGAAAAGGCCGCCCGGAAAGCUCUGGUAGCAUUGGAGCGGGAGAUUCUCGAAUUGAAGGGAAAGAACGGAACUGCCGCAAAGGACCACAAGCGAAUCCUGCCUCGCGAGGUAUGGGAAGUUGAAGAGAAGGAGGAGAAAGAGGAAGCACAGAAUCAGAGCUGGCUGUCCUAUGUCACAUCAUUCUUCUCGUUUGGUCAAGGUCAGCCGUCUGGCCCCGAAUCGGCUGACCAGGCAAGUGAGACGUCAAAAUCCGUGGUUGACAAGCUCUCGCCGCACUCCCCAGUCCCAGUUGCUGCUCAUAAGUCUCUGGAACAGCCUAAGAGCUCCUGAGCCACAAUUGCGCGCUACUGUGUGUUUGCACGACCACCUUGUUUUUUGGAUAU